UUGAUGAUGGUAGGAGCAAACAUAAACCCAGAUGAGGAGCGGCACAAGCAAUGGAGGGCCCAACCCCAGAGCCUGUGUACGUUGAUGUGGACAAGGGACUGACGCUGGCCUGCUUCGUCUUCCUCUGCCUCUUCCUGAUUGUGAUGAUUAUUCGCUGUGCCAAGGUCAUCAUGGACCCUUACAGUGCCAUCCCCACAUCCACAUGGGAGGAGCAGCAUCUGGAUGACUGAAAGGACCUCGCUAGACAGAGCCAGAAGAUGCUGCAAUCCGGGAGGCCCUUCCCAACAGGAAGGCUGCCACACAAACAGCCGCUCCCAGACCCGCAGGGCACUGGCACUGCCUCCCAGAGCACACAGCAGCAAUGAUUCCUGCUCAGCAGAUCAGGAUCUCAGCAAGCCAUGCUGGCAGCACAGCCUAACACUAUGCAGCAGCCCCUCUUUUCCUGAGCACAGCCAUCAUGGGCACUCAAGUAGCACAAGAUUCCCCAGGUGGUUCCCAGCAGAACUCCUGGUGUAGCACAGCUUGCCCUCCCCUCACGACCUCCCACAGACCCAGGCUCACCACCAGAAAUCUGGGAAAGCAACAGCAGCAUUUUGUCUUCCUGGCAAUAGAUUGCUCCAGAUGUCUUCCUCAGUCAUGAUGUUUGUGUUUCAGAAAAGGCCCAGGUUUUAUAAUCUCGUGUCCCAGAGCCCCCCCCCAAGUAGAAGCACUUCAGCAGCCCUGGCUAAGCAGGGUUUUGUCAGCAGAUUUCCUCUCAGCUCCCUUGGUUCUGCACACUCCCUGCCCCACUGCAGCAAGCAGGACACAGCAGCACUCAGCCCAUGCUCCCCACGAGGGUCAGGGACUGCUGGUUACCCUGUAGCAUCACCUGACUCUACCCAGCUCAUGCUGUAACCAGGCACAUCCUCUGCUGUGGGGCUGUGGCUUAGCCAGAUGUGUCAGACCACUUACUACAAGCUUGGUAGCCACCAAAAGCCUAUGGAGCAGAGCCUGGACGCUGCUGGUUUCAACUCCAUAAAGCCCUGCUUUGACCUUGCAAGAUUGGUUCCAUGUGCCAGCUUUGGUUUCAGGUGCACUUCAGUGGGAUGAGACACUAAUAGGAUGUCCAAGGCAAUAAGCAGAGACAUUGCUCCUAGCUUUUGUCACUCAGACUCCUCAGCAUGACACAGUACCACACAAUAAGCUGCAUUCUACCUCGGAGAAACCCAGCACCUUGCAAAGAAGGA